GGCACCAACAAACGGAACGGAGGGAGUAAUGAAACCUAGGGUUUUACCCAGGCUAAAAAUUUCCAAAUUCUCUGCACACGGAGUAGAGUGAUCCAGUAUCUCUCCUCCGUUGCCUCUUCUACUGGUAGAGAGAGAGAGAGAGAGCGCGCGCCACCCCAAUUCCUCUUAACCAUGUGGAGACUCUCCCAAAGAAAGUCUUAUGUUCUCGCUUCACAAUCUGUCAUUGCAAAGACAAGACCUUUCGCCACCACACAAAACCAAUACUCAAUCGGAGAAGAAAUCACCCACAUACUCAAACACAAAAACUGGAACUUUCUUUUAAACUCAUCAGACAUACCCAAGAAGCUAAACCCAGAUGUGCUUCGAACCUUCCUUCACCAAAACCAGGUGGGUGAUUCCAAACUCCUCCUCAACUUCUUCUACUGGUACGAACACAAAAUGGGUGCCCUCCAAGAUUUGGAUAUCUUGUCUGUCUUAGCUGUUAAUCUCUGUAACUCUCACUGUUAUGGGCCCACAAGUGAUCUAAUUGAAAGAAUGAUCAAGACUUGUUCUUCUUCCCCACGCGCCAUUUUGGGUUCAGUCGUUAGCUGUUGUAAGAACUGUAAUGGGUCCAGCUCAAAUCAAAAAGUGUUUGAUAUACUGGUUGACAAGUAUAGGAAAAUAGGUCUAUUGGAUGAGGCUGUUGGUGUUCUUUUAGGUGCUAAUAAGGAUGUUGAAUAUGUUCCUAGUCUGUUGCUUUUUAAUUGUUUACUGAGCGAUUUGUUGAAGGCUAGUGAGUUGGGAUUGUUUUGGAAGGUUUGUGAUGGAAUGUGUAAGGCAGGUAUGAGGUGUGAUGUUUAUGCUUAUACCAAUAUGAUCAAUGCUCAUUGUAAGGUUGGGAAUGUCAAGGAGGCUAAAAAGGUACUUCUUGAAAUGAGGGACAAAGGUUGCAACCCUAAUGCGGUUACGUACAAUGUGGUCAUUGGAGGUUUGUGUAGAGCCGGGCUUCUUCAUGAAGCUAUUGAGAUGAAGGAAUCUAUGGUUAAGAACGGGUUAGUCCCCGAUAAGUACACUUGUGCCACUCUUAUCAAUGGGUUUUGUUCAUGGAAGAGAUCACAAGAGGCAAAAAUGGUAUUAGCGGAGAUGACUGAUCUGGGUCUAAAGCCUGACAUAAUAACCUACAAUGCGUUAAUUGAUGGGUUCAUGAGACAAGGGGAUAUAGAGGCAGCUUUUAGUAUUAGGGAUGAGAUGGUCUCGAAUGGUAUUGGGGAUAACUUGCUUACGUACAACACACUGCUUAAUGGGGUUUGUAAAGCUGGUAUGAUGGACAAGGCAGAAGAACUCAUGAAUGAGAUAAUUAAGAGGGGCUCAAAACCUGACUCCAAAAGUUAUACUUCGUUGAUUGAGGGCUAUUGUCGUGAACACAAUAUGGUUGGGGCUUUUACCGCACUUGAAGAAAUGAAGAGUGUUGGUUUGGCGCCUACACUAAUGACUUAUAGUGUGAUAAUCAAUGGGCUAUGUAGUAGUGGAAAUCUCCAACAGGCCAAUGACACUCUUGAAGAAAUGAUUGCAAAAGGAUUGAAACCCAAUGCCAUAAUCUACACGACUCUUAUGACAGCUCAUGGUCGAGAAGGUAAAUUUGAAGAAUCAAGAAGGAUUUUUGACGAAAUGAAGCAGCUAGGAAUCAUGCCUGAUGUAAUCUGCUAUAACUCUCUUAUAUCCAGCCUUUGCAAAGCUCAGAAGAUGAAAGAAGCAAGGACCAUCUUGAUUGAAAUGUUGGGGAGAGGCUUUAAGGCAAAUGCUUAUACUUAUGGAGCCUUUAUUGACGGAUAUAUCAAGAUAGGGAAAAUGACAGAUGCAGAUUUUGAUGAGAUGCUUGGUUGUGGUCUAAAGCCAGACAAGGUAAUUUACACAAAGUUGAUCAAUGGGCACUGCAAAAUGGGGAAUAUCACAGAAGCCUUCUCAGUUUUUCGACGUAUGCUAUUGCUUGCUGAAAAGGUUCUCCCGGAUGUUCAAGCUUACAGUGUGCUCAUCCAAUGCCUCUCAAAGAUUGGAAAAUUGCAAGAAGCUGUUGGGGUAUUUUCAGAACUCUGUGCAAAAGGUCUGGUUCCUGAUGUUUUUACUUACAACUAUCUCAUUUCUGGUUUCUGUAAACAAGGUGAUUUAGAGAAGGCUUUUGAACUUCAUGACGAGAUGGUUGCAAAAGGGAUUACUGCUAAUAUAGUUAAUUACAACUUCUUAAUCAAUGGGCUACUUAAGGCUGGUGAAACUGAAAGAGCUAAAAAUUUGUUUGAUGGCGUUUUGCAAAAAGGUUUGACUCCAAAUAAUAUAACAUAUGCUACAAUGAUAGAUGUAUAUUGCAAAUCUGGGAAUCUAAACGAAGCGUGCGAAUUAUUCAAUGAGAUGCCACUUAAGGGCAUUUCACCAGAUAGUUAUGUCUAUAAUGUCCUUUUAGACGGCUACUGCAAGGAAGGAAAAUUGGAAAAAGCUCUUGGCUUAUUUCAAGAAAUGUUGCGGAAGGGCUUUGCUUCUACCCUCUCCUUCAAUACAUUGAUUGAGGGACUUUGUGAGAUUGCGAAGCUACAAGAAGCAAAACAGUUGUUGGAAUUAAUGCAAGAAAAGCAAGUGAUGCCUAAUCAUGUCACGUACACAACUCUGAUUGACCACCACUGCAAGAAGGGCAUGAUGGAGGAAGCGAAACAGCUACUUUUGGAGAUGCAGGGGAGGAAUCUGAUCCCUAACACUAUAACUUACGCAACACUUCUUCACGGUUACAACAUGAUAGGUGACAGAAAAGAGGCUUUUGCGUUGUUUCAGGAUAUGGUCACUAAGGGGAUUGAGCCUGAUAAAAUUACCUAUUACAUAAUGCUGGAUACACACUGCAAAGAAGGAAAUUUGGUGGAGGCAUUUGAGUUAAGGGAUGAGAUGUUGGAGAAGGGCAUGCAAAUGAGCACAAAUGUUUAUGAAGCUCUAAUACAGGCAUUGUGCAAGAAAGAAGACUUCUCAGAUGCACUGAGGCUGGUUUAUGAAAUGGGGUCAAGUGGGCUUAAGCUCAAUCUUUCUACAUGUAGUGUUGUAGCUCGGGGUCUUCAAACAGCUGGUGACAUGGAUAAGGCUGUGAAGCUUUUGGAGGGCAUAAUUAGGUUCAGAUGGGUUUCAAAAUCCACGUGUUUAUCUGACCUAGUUGAUGGUAACCUGACUGAUGCGGAUUUUCAGGGUGACCUGAACAAUGAAGAUUUUGAGGACCUUAGUCUAACAAGAUAAAUAAAAGGGCUUUGGUGCUGUUAAUUGUUGAGCAAAUGGUUCACAACAGAAAAGUAAUUUAGAGCUCCUUUGGGCUGCUUCAGCAGCUGUAUGUGGGCGUUUGGACAAGAACCAAGUAGGGCAUCAAGAGUAUGUACCAUCAUGAUAUAGCUCUUGAUUGACUUCAACGGGCUGCUACUUUCUCGAACCAAAUUGGUGGAGCUACUAACUGCAAUCGGAAGGUUCGAGACUUGAAAGCCUUUUCAGGUGAAUUGUUUAUUUGACCCAGCACAGCUGUGAGAAGGGAAGAUAAUUCGCCUCCAUUUUCCUGCCGAGCAUUUCUGAAGCUGGUACAUUCUGAAUCUCUGAUUGAUUGUGGUACUGAUGGAGAAUCCCGACCUGAUUUUUCAUUAUUUGACUCUGACAAGAUGGAGCAAAUAUGAUCUGUCUCUGAUUGUGGUAUGUUCUCGAGCCUGUUGUAGAUAUGAGAAAUGUUAGCUUUGAACUCUGCUUGUCGCGGAUCAAAAAAAAAAAAAAACUCUGCUUGUCUUCUCCCUCUCCCUUUUGGGUAUCAUGAGUAAUAAGAGGUUCUUUAAAUUUUUUGUCUAA